UUUCAGCUAACAGUGGUGUUUAUUUGUGAAAGCAAAGAGUGUUGUCUGUGCCUGAUUAAAACCACUUAUAGAUCAAAAAAGCUUAGGAUACUAGUGAAGAUGCUUAAUUGAUUUGUAACUCAAUUAUCGCCCUGAAAUAUGGCGCGCGUGUUUGCUUUUCAAUUUAAUGGUAUUUUUUUUAAAUUAAAUACUUCAUUCUGGUUAUUUUAGAACUGAUUUACCCAAUGUUACCCGCGUUUCAUUCAAAGGAUAAAACGUUGGCUCACGUGUAUAGAAAUACAUCCAUUGGUAAAAUAUAUAACAUUGCAUGAAGUUGGCUUUUUUUGAAGCGUUAAUAAUGACUUCCUAUCAGGAAUACCAUACAGGGAACAGUGUAGUGAUAUUCAAAAACAUUUCUGCCAUUAAUGAAUCCACAAGCACAAAUAUAAGUUUACCAGAAAGUGAUUUUGAAGACGGAUUUUACUAUUAUGAAGAUAUUGAAAAGCUCCGUACCGCUUGGGUUAAUGAACCUCAUUUUGUUCCGCAAACGGUAAUAUACGGAGUUGUAUUUUUACUGGGGAUAAUUGGCAAUGGGACUGUAAUUUUCUCUGUCCUCGGAAGCCGGACAGCUCGGUUUGCUACAUUUACCUUCAUGGUCAGUUUGGCAGUUGCGGAUAUACUUUUCCUGCUGGUUGUUAUACCUCACGAACUGCUCAGGAUGGUGUUGGGCGAGUGGCCAGGAACGAGAGCCUUCUGCAAGAUCUCUGGAUUCAUUGAGAUGCUCACAGCAGUUGCUUCCAUCCUCAACCUCACCGCUGUAAGCUUCGAAAGGUAUUUUGUGAUCGUGAUGCCCAUACAAAGUCGACGACGAUGCACGGUGCGGAACACUAGGAAGCUUCUCGUCUUUGUCUGGAUCCUGUCCAUAUUACUGUCCAUUCCUGCAAUGGUUGUUAAAGACACACAGAGCACAACAUAUUACAACAACGAUACUACAGUGACUCUCAUGUUUUGUGCUGACCAUGGUCUCCAGGACCAACACCGGAUGUACUACGCUGUCUACCAACUUGCCAUUAUGUUCCUUGUGCCAACUGCAUUGAUGACCUUCUGCUAUACAGUGGUCAUAUACGUCCUUUGGAUUAGCGGGCGAACGCUCUAUUCACUUACGUCCAACCAGCCGUCUGUGCAAACGACUACGAGGUACCGCGGCAUUGCGUUACGUGAAUCUGAUGGGUCGAGCUCCUCGAACUGCGCAUCUGCCACUCACUUCCGGUCCAAAAAUAUCACAGAGACCACGAUUAACAAAAAUGUUAGAGAGUCCAUUAUGAAAGGAAGAAAACAGGUUAUAAAGAUGCUAAUAACCGUCAUUCUGGUAUUCCUGUUUUGCUGGGGGCCAAAACUAAUCUUUCGUAUAAUGAAAUACUCCGAGUACAAGGUCCACAUGCACACGACAACUCAUUUCAGAUUACAGAUUGUUAUUUACUGCUUACCCUACGUUCAAUCAUGUCUCAAUCCAGUUAUCUACGGAUUCAUGUCAAAGAACUUUCGGAAAAGUGUUGUGACGUCAUGCAACAAUCACGUGCUUAUUAGGCAAUGUAGGCCACGACCGUCGCCUCUUGCAGAACUGGAAAUGGAUACCAAAUAUAGCAACGGUGUGCUCAUCACUAGAAAUAUAAAUAGUGCCUCAAGUACAUAACGAGUAUGAUACAUUCGAGGAUAAAGUUGUCAGUAAUGUACUGCGUUUGUGAAUGUAUUUGAAAAUAAACACUUACAAUACAUUGACUUACCUUUGAAGAUGUGACUGAUUUGUUGCUCAUUUUUGUAGUGAGCCUUUUAUGUAAUGUGAGAAACAUCUGUUCUUUAGCGACGUUGUAUUUAAUUGUAUCAAUGAAAUGUGUUCCUUAGUAUAUUAUUAUUAUCGUUACGAAAUAAUUACUCGUGAUAAUCAUACCUUCUGUAUGUCUACUAACAGACUGGUGAUAAGAUUAAAACGCAAUAAUUAUUUACGAUAUAAAUUCUUAAAACACGAAGUAACGAAUCGAUGUCAUAAAUGUUGAUUUGCGGCCAAAUGAAAGCAUUGAUUAAUCAUCCAACUUGUGUUUUCUUUGUUGAAUCAAAACACAACCAGAUGGAAACAAUAAAGAGAAAACACUCGGAAUUUAAUCUUCAACGCAGAGAGACUUCAAACACUCAUUCAAAUAAUGAAAUUCAAACUAUUUGUAUUAAAAUAUUUAAUUUCUUCACAGACGAAAACGAGGGUUAUGAGUUUAUUUCCAAGGCCUGUUAGAAAAGUAAGAGCUAUUUAAUUUGGGUUGAAACGAUAUAUCCUUCCAAAUGAACACAAUCAUUUCAAACAAUAAUUUAGCCUAUAGACUUAAUGAAAGUAUAAUGUAGAAAUAAUGUAACAAACUUCUCUAAAUAAUGAGCUUUAGAAGUACCUUCCACGUCUUAGUAGUAUGUUAAUAACAAUAAUGACUGAGAUAUGUUCUUUUAAGAGUUUGUAAAGUUCAAAUGUCGAUAAACAAUGUAUGUUAAUUCUAUUUUAAACUUCACAGAUAUAAAUCAUUGAAAAUGUAUGUAGAUUUAAACAGAAUAAAAUAAGUAGCAUGUUUUUAUCCCUUUAUUUGUUCUUGCUGUUUAGAUGUUUUAUGUAGGAAACCGAUAUAAGAAUUUGAAAUGAUUUGCUGCCUUAUGAUUUUAGCCAA